UUCGGUCGUUCUGUCCGCCGUGCUCGGAUAUGUUCGGCUCCCCUCGUCGCUCGUCGCCUCGACUCGACGCGCUCGCGGCUCGACGGUAAACAGCUGGCGACGCUCUGUGUUAGUGCUGGUUAGUGCAAAACGUUGAACGGGACCGUUCGGAGCUGGGUCGUCUGUGGUUGCCAGUCUCUCCUACGUACUCUACCCUUUUCUUUUCGCGUCUAAUUAUAUAUCCUCGACCGACGCAUUCUUGGCCACUGUCCAACCAAUCUUUGGCGGAUUCGUCUCGGUGAAGUGAGAGUGGCGUAGUGCGAGAGGAAGCCGAGCGAGUUGCGUCGUUGUGGAAAAGCCGUGGGGAAAGCCGAGUUUCUUUGUUCGGUGCGACGGGACGGGACGCGACGCGACGGAUCUGCGCAUAGAUUGCGGUGGUGGUGGCGCAGCAUCGUUUGUGUGUUGUGUGUGUCGCGCGGUUGGCCGAGGUACUUUCGUCGUCCCUCAUGCGUAAGACGGGACAGUAGCCAAUAAUACAUGGCUAUUAAUAUUCAAUCUACGUUGUGCAUUGUGCUAUAAAUCGCGUAAAUUUUUACAACACAACGAGAGAUCUUUGUGAACGACAGUGUCGCUCGCAUCGUGAAUCGAGGAAACGAGGAAAAAGGAAGGACGGACGGACGGGACGGACAGACGGACGGAGAAGAGCGAGAGAGCGCGGCGGACGCGGUCGCGUAACGCGGCGCGCGAGUGCUUUGUUUUGCCGAGCAGCUGAUCCGAGGCGGCUGGCUACGACGUGACGGUAAACGCGAUACAACGCGUCGCUCUUAUCUCCGACGCCAAAGAAAUCGGCCGUUUGUGUGCGUGCGUGCGCGCGCGCGCGCGUGUGUGGACCGUAUGCAUUUUCACCGAACCCCGGAAAAGCUACGUCGCAUCACCAGAGCCGAUUGAUUCGAUACAUCUGAACGUAUACACAAGUCGAGACACAGCAUCUGGCUCCAUUGUCGCCAAUCGAUCGCCAACGGACUUUCCGCGUUGCCGGAGGGAUUUUUGUAAAUGAUUUCAUUUCACGUAGAAACGAAAUCAAUAUUAAUAUUUCAAGUUUGACGAAAAUAUCGUCUAUAUGGAAACUCGCUUUCUCUCUUACAGAUUUCUCAAGGAAAUCCAAAGGAAACGUACUGUGAUGUUUAAAUUACGUCUUCGUUGCAUUUAAAACGACCGCUCGAUAAACUGGGCUGAUGACGUAAAACGUUUAUAAAUCACGAAGUGCGUUGCAUGAAGAUUAUAACAAAGGUGCACGAGGCUACGUCAUCGACCGGUGUUUCUCGUCUCUACAGGUAGAAGCUAGUGUUUGGAACGGGCGAAUGGUCGAUCGAACCAUAAACGACCUCCCGCUGUUUAUUUCGGCCCGCAGUCUUUCGAACAAUUAGCUUUUCCUGCAGUGGUAAAAGGGAACGAGGAGGAAAACGACACUCAUAGUGGAGAAGACGUUGCCGUUUCGAAUUUCUCUCUCGACGAUCAGGAGGAGAAAAUCCUCGAGGAUCUUUCGGCAGCUACGAAACAAUUGAUUCAGAGCUCUCGAGAAAUCUGGAUGAUACUGUACGACGUGGGACGAUUUUUAUGUAGUGGGAUUUCGUCUCGAGAUCGACAUCGAGAAUCGUGUUGAUCGAUGCGGCAUAGUCCCGGGGGGGCCGUCCUCGCGAACGACCAGGAACGUGGGGUACGGCCCCGAUCGAGCUGACUAGGGGAACCGUCGAGGCCCGUGGGCCUCCUGCUGCUGACGGGACUCGUGCCAGAAGGAAGGGAUCCACGACGGCAGAUACAUUGAGGUAUUCCAGCAAACACAUUUCUGUCGUUGGUCAUUUAACCGGCUCCACGAUGCUCUACAUCUUCCACGUUGAUACUGGCACUACCAUCACCUUCGACAUCAAGCUGGCUCUGCAAAGUGUGAGCCAGCUGAUGGAGGCGAUCGAGAGGGAAUGCGGUGUAGUAGCGACGCAUCAGGUGCUCCUUAUGAGCGGGGGCGAGUGUCUGGAACCCAAUGCACGUGUGUGCUCUUACUCAGCUGGAACCGACACGAAUCCGAUCUAUCUGUUUAGCAAGGCUGCCAUUGAGAGUAGCAUUCCGCCUACGCCGAGUAUAGAUUACGGUUCCGAUGUGGAUCUUCAGACCCAGAUCGAUGCUUCGUUGGCGAUGCCGGCUACCUAUCAGACUCUUUGUGCACGUGCUCAUCUGGCUCAGCAAUGUUGUGGCCUGGCACGAGAACAGACAAGAAUCUGCGAGAAGCUAGUUCAUGAUCAGCACCUUCAACAGCAAGGUUGGGCUGCGGUAGUUGCGAAUCUCGAGGAUAUCACACUAAUGUUUCAAACACGAGCCGAGCAAUUCCAACAAGCUUUUGUCUUGUAUCUUGCUGAGAGGCAGCGACAUACAGAACUCCUUGACAAUUUUAAUGCUGAUCUUGGUACUCUCGCGAAAAUUCCAAUUUUGCCGGCUUUGAGAGCUCAAGCGGAGGGCUUGUUGAGUUCGGAUGAUCAACCCAGCCAAUCCUCCGAGACUGCGUCGGAGAGUCCCGGGGAAGUGCUUAGUCUGCUUCGAUGGAUCUCCGCAAAAGACAAUCAGAGCAGCCUGGAGCAAGUGGCAGAUCAAUGCUCGCGUGGCUUAGAGCAGUUCGAUGAACGAUUGAUGGAGGCUUUGAAAGCUGAAGUAAACGCGGGCAUGGACAACGCCAACAAGCAAGACAUGAAAGAAAUCAAGGGUUUGGGCGAGAGGCUGUUCGCCCUAGAACAGCUAAUGGUGCAGACCAAGAGGCUCGUUCACGAGCAGGGCGAAUUAGCUCAAGGUUUUCUGCAGAAUCAGAAUCGCGCGAGCAAUCUGGGCGAUGCGAGCGUCUUGCCCGAUUUAUGCACUUCCCACCGGCGACAAUUGCUCGUCAUGUUGCAGAAUCAUAACCAGUUGCGCGACAUUCGUCGUAGAUGCACCAAGGCGAAGGAGGAGCUCUCGGUGAAUAUCUAUCAUCGUCUCAAAUGGAUCAUGUAUGUGGAAAACAAGAUGGUGGAAGUGGGCAACAAGUUGAUCAUAUAUCACGAAAGCCUGAAGCGAUUGAGGAGGCAUCUGGAGGUGCUCCAGCAGAUCCAUUUGGCCCCGCAAAUGUAUAUAAGCGCGGUGAUUGAAGUGGUUAGAAGGCGCACGUUCUCGCAAGCUUUUCUCGUAUGGGCCAGCAAUCUAGCUUGCCAAUUGUUGACGGUUCACAGCGAAGAGCUAGCGCGUAGACGAGAGUUUCAGAGCAAAUUUAACGGUCACUUCUUGAACACCCUUUUCCCGGGUCUGGAGGACACGCCGCCGCCUUUCGCGACACAGGCACCUUCCGUUUUUGAUAAUGGACUACCGAAGCUGACCGCGGACGAUAUGGAGUCAUUGAGGUCGCAGCUUCCGGACUUGGCACUAACUAUCUCUACGCCAGAUUUAAACAACAUCACACAAUUCUUUUUAUCCAAGAGUUUCACCGAAGGCAGCACUGGCGAUAUCAAGGAGAAGGACGCUACAUCAGUGAGCAUCGAUAUUCCAGCAAAGGAACAAGAGCGCGCUAGAGCGCCGUUGUUAUCCGACAGGGGCGACUUUGAGUCCGAAACAGAUACGGAGGAGUUUGAAAAGAUCGGUCAGGCCGGUGCUGACGCGGCCAAGCCCGGCGUGUUCGACGUUACGAAACAGAAGCGGCAGAAGCAAUUGGAGGUUGGUGCUUCACGAAGCGUGUCCCCCGCUUCGUCGACCUCGACUAACGUCUCCCCGUUAAAUUCGAAAGUCGCGGAUCUAACAACGCGUUCGUCCACGUCAAGCGAACCCGGUUCUUUCCAAUUUCCCAGUUUGUCCGCCGUGAGCGAGCGCCCGGUGCAGCUGAGUCCGCUGACCGAGUGCGUGGAGAACGGCGCUGUUGAUUCCUCUGUUUGCUUGCUCCGUAACGGCGCGAGUGGCCUCUCAAACAAACGCGACGCUCUACCACUCGAGGAGCAACAUUCCUUGAGUCCGAAUCCCUCCUCCUUGCCACGGUCCUCCGCCAUGUGCGACGACCAGCAGCAUCAUUAUCAUCAUCCGUUGUCCGGUAGCGGUGGUAGCAGUCCAUCUGUCGGCGUAGGCGCUACCGAUUUUAUGGGUACCGAGUUUUACAUGGAUGAAUCUCUACCGAGCAGUCUCAGUGAGCACCCUGUCGACGGCCAGCAUCAGGCUAUCAUGUCCCUCCUUCAGGAGAAUCUCGGUAAUACACGCGAGGAAGUGGAAAGGUUGCAAUCUAUUCUGAAGACUAUGAAGGUAGUUGUAUGCGAUGAAUUGAGUUUCGUUCGGAACGAAUUGGCGAUUCUACGAGAGCGAUCUAACGAGGACAAGAGCGGUCUCGUCGAGAUGACGGAACGCGUACGAGUAGCAUUAUCCUUAUACUCGCAAGAGUGCGAUCGACGUCUUCAAGAGCGCGAGCAGAAAUUGACGCUUGAGCAUGAGUUUGAGAUAACGGAUGUCAAGAAGCUGAUACAGAAUCAUGAAGAAGAAAUCUGCACACUCAAGCAUAAUCUUUUAGAAAAGGAGACAGAAUUGACGGAGCACGAACGGUUGGUGACCACGAUGCGUCAAAAGCUAGAGGACGAACAGAUCGAGAGGGGAAACUUACAGACUCGUUUACACCAGCAACUUGAGGAUUAUUCGAGAAUAUUAGAGCAAGCGCGCAUAGAUAAGGAAGAGGCUGUGAAGAAGACGAAUGAUGAGAGAUUUCUCGAGAUUACCUCUCUGACGAAUUCCUUGACACAAUGUCAGAAGAGAAUUCAAGAAUUGGAAGAGAAUCUGAUCACUGCUCGCAACGAUCAGGAAAGAAUGGUGAAAGAGGUGACCGAUAAGUUCCAGAUAGAAUAUAAGACGGAGUUAGAAACCAUUCGAAGUCGCUUCAAACUAAUGGCCGCUUCUACCAUGGAAAGGAGUCCCAGUGAUUCCAGUCUAGAAAGGAUUGAGCGGACAGAUGUUAUCGAACUGGCGAAUCACGAGGCAAUUUUAGAGCAAGCAAGGGAAGAUAUGAAAGUAGAAAAUGCCAUGGCAGUUCGUACUGCUAUAGAGAAAGAGAGAGCUGAUUGCAUGACGAAAUUAGAUAACGAAUUAAAAUUGGCAAAGGAAGUAGUUGAAGAGAAAAAUAGGGAGAUUGAGAUGUACAGAGUAAGAACAGUUGCAUUGAUCGAACAGGGCAAACGUUACAAGAAUAUGAUAGAUCGAUUAAUUGGAGAAUUUGGAUUGAAAUCAGAGAUACAGCAAACGAUGAAGGAGAAGGUGAAACAUCUUGAAACAGACAAAACGUGGCUUGAGCAUAAUGAGGCUGCAUUGAAGACAAUGCGAACAAUCAUGGAACAAAGCAAAGAUUCUCUCUACUCUUUAGAAUCUGAAGCAUGCAAGGAUUUAACUUACGAUCGAUUGGAUGGCAGUCAAGUCGAUCUGGAGAAAGUUUUCAAGAAUCUAGAAUCCGAGAAGUACGAAGUUGAGGUCUCGGAAUCAAAGAAAGUGCGAUUAGAGGCUGAUGAUGAUGAUCUGACUCGGCUAUCUAGGCGACUUGAAAUUCUCGAGAACGACAACAAGAGACUGUCCUGCGAGUUGAAUUCAAUACGUGCGAGUAAAGUGGUGGCCGAAGCGAAGGUAGAAGCGUUAAUGACGGAUAAAAUUCGUUUAGAAAUCGAAUUACUGAAGGAACGAACCAAGAGGGUAUUUGGUAUCGACUCGUCAUUGCUACCCUCUGAAAACCGUGAUAGAGACAUGAAUGCAUCGGUCGCGGUAGUUUCAGACUCUAGUUCAAGUCGAGAUGCGGCCACCAGUCCAGAACCGAGUCGACGAUCAUCUUCCAAAUCCAUAUGCUUCCACCCUUCCCUUCCCUCGUAUAUACAUAAGAAGGUCGCGGAAAAAGUGGCCAAGAUGGUGCAACAGGGGAUCGUCACCAUCACCAGUUGCAAUCCAGGUGACGUGGUACUCAUAGUCUGGGACACUGUACACGGCAAUUAUGCAGUGUAUCAGGAAUCCUCGACUCUUUAUUUCCUUCAUUCGGACUACGUAGACGCAUUGGAGAUAGGGAUGAACUCGAGCGGUUCUCGGAAAUGCGUUCUUGCUGAAGUGAUCGAUAAGGAAUAUUGUCACGCGAGAAAGCAUGAGAAUCGGUACCAUGUCCCACGUGGCACGAAAUUUUACAGAGUGCGCGCUAAACCCCGAGACGUACGCGCACUGGCAGAUGAAACGAGUUCGUCGGGUUCAAUGUCGAAGAGUCAACUACCGUAAUUUUACUGUAAUUUCAGACUAAAUGUCGAGAAUCCUUUGAUUCUUGCCUAGUACAAGCGCUGUGAUCGAGGAUUUGCUUCGGCAGGUCGCGUUUGUUGCAAGACCAGUUACCCGGAAUGCAAAUCCCGAACUUACGUCUCCGCAACCAUCCGGAAACCUCGGCUAAAACCUGCCAGAGCCUCUAGACGCAUCCUUAAUAUCGAUAAACAUUAGGGUGAUGAUCCACGAUGAAAGAGGUAUGUGCAAGUUGGAUAAACAUGAAAUGAGAUGGAAGGAUGCGCCGGCGUUUUUUAUUGUGAUAUAAGUAAUUUUUAAACGAGUGAAACAUAUUUGCCGAAUGCUGUGGUUAGCUGUGAAGCGUAACGAUAGUUGCAUUCUUUGACUUUUCUUUUUCCAUAAAUGAGAAAACAAUGGGAUGUGAAUGCCGUCGACGAUUCUCUUUUUCAAUAAUUUGAUAGGCAGACCAAUAGAAUGAAAUACAGAAAGAGAGAGAGAGAAAGAUAUUGUUUAACUUCAAUAUUAGAUGUAUGAUGCGGGAAGACGAAAGCCAGUCCCUCAGCCAACGUUCAGCUUUCUCUUUCCGCACUCCGAUAAUUAUCUUUGCACUAUACGAAACGAAAAAACAUAAUUGUAAGUUUUACAAAACCGGUGUAGGAGAAUGUGCGAUUUAUGUAUUAUAAAUACAUGUAUAAUCGCAUUAGGUAAAUAAUAUAUAUAUAUAUAUAUAUGUA